UUCAAUGGCUUCCGAUUCUGAACCGGCACCUGCAUCCCAUUCCGACCAAACAUUUGAUGUUCUGGUAAUCGGAGCUGGAAUAAUCGGGUUGAGCAUAGCCCGGCAGUUCCUGAUCGGGUCGGACCUAUCCGUCGCCGUAAUCGACAAGGCUGUCCCUUGCUCCGGCGCCACCGGUGCCGGCCAAGGCUAUAUAUGGAUGGCAUCCAAAACAGUUGGCAGCGAGGGUUGGGAGCUGGCUCUGAGAAGCCAGAAGCUCUGGGAGGAAUUGGCUGAGAGUUUGAAAGAUCAAGGCUUGGACCCUUUACAAUUAUUGGGUUGGAAAAAAACAGGAAGCUUGCUAGUUGGUAGAACCCCGGAGGAGUCAGACAAGUUAAAAAGGAUGGUAAAGCAGCAAUGUGAAGCUGGGUUAAGAGCAGAGUACUUGUCUGCCAGUGACUUGCAUGUGAAGGAACCUGAACUCAUGGUUGAUAAAGAUGCUGGGGCUGCCUUUCUACCUGAUGAUAGCCAACUGAAUGCCCGUCGCGCCGCUGAAUUUCUUGAAAAGGGCAACAGGCAUUAUUCAUCAAAGGGUAGAUAUGCAGAGUUUUAUAAUGAUCCAGUGAUAAGUUUGUUAAGGUCUGGUGGCAGUGGGGAAGUUGAGGCUAUUAAGACUUCUAGGAAUAUCUUGCACAGCAAGAAGGCCAUUGUAGUGGCAGCUGGUUGUUGGAGUGGCUCUUUGAUGUCUGAUCUGCUUAGAGAAUCAGAAAUUGUCCUGGACAUCCCCAUGAAACCGCGAAAGGGUCACCUUCUAGUGCUGGAGAAUUUUAAUUCCUUUCAACUCAAUCAUGGUCUGAUGGAGGCAGGAUAUAUUGAUCAUCAUCAUACUGCAGUUCCGCUUCCAAGCUUAUCAACUUCCGGAUUGCUUGAUGAUCAUGAUGGGCAAGCCUUGUCUCUAUCAAUGACAGCCACUAUGGAUACAAUGGGGAACAUUGUUCUUGGGAGCAGCCGCCAGUUUGCUGGUUUCUGCACUGAAGUGGAAGAAUCCAUCGUUAACCGCAUAUGGGAGAAGGUGGGGGAGUUCUUUCCCAAAUUGAAAGAGAAGCCCCUCUCAGAUUUCAGUAAGAGCAGAGAAGUGAGAGUAGGAUUAAGACCUCACGUGCCUAAUGGGAAGCCAGUGAUCGGGCCUGUGCCUGGUUUGGCCAACGUGUUCCUUGCAACCGGGCAUGAAGGGGAAGGACUUACUAUGGCUCUAGGAACCGCCGAAAUGCUUGUGGAUAUGGUGCUAGGCAAUCCUCAGAAGGCUGAUUCUGCGCCGUUUGCUGUUCAUGGUCGAUUUUGAUGAUAAAACCAUACAGAAGAGGAACUCCUGGUGGCUGCCAUCGGAAAAGCCUAUUUGAGCAUUUCGUUCCUCAAGGUUACAAAGAUUGUGGUUGCCUCAAUGAGAAGAGAGGAACAGUCAUAGUGGAUAUGAAAAUCCAUCUUCCUUCUUGUAAUUAUUCUUUGUGUCAAUUUGUCUCAAUUACGAUCAAAUUAAACAAUGCAUUUUCUAAAUGAUGCUUAGUUAAUUGGCCUCUAAAUGUUGCUAUCAAGCAGCAUUGAUGCAAGAUUAACAUG